AUGCUGGCCGCGUACUCUGUCGCGCGCGUUGUGCCGCCUCUCGCGCGAGUACUCAGCCCCGCCAUUGCGGGCUUUACUUCAUCCGCCAUCAGUGCCGCCAGUGGCGCGCCGGGUCAACCGCGCAGACGCGUGCGUCCAGACGUGCGUUUCGACGUCCCGAAGGCCUCGAAGCGAUGGGACAACCGCGGGCUGGACCGCGCAACCGCUCCAGCCGGACAGACGACAUCACGCCGUCUCGCAGAGGUACUUCGCGCACCCCCUUCGUCACCCUCGAGCGUCAUCGCCAAACCUACACCCUCGAGCGUCGCCAAACCUACACCCAUGCUCAGUGCGCGGACACAUAAGAAUCUGGUCGAUUCCCAACCAAAGCCAUUCACGUCGUUCAAGAUCCAUCCAGGACUGCAACAGGCAUUGGAAGAGGCGCUUCCUAAUGGAAAGACAACGCCAAUUCAGACUCUCGCCCUGUCCAACCUACUGGCCAAACCACACAAGUUGAGGGCAUUGCUCGGCGCAGAGACGGGGAGCGGAAAGACGUUGGCAUACCUCGUCCCAUUGAUGCACCAUCUCAAACGUACAGAUGUCGGCCCUCCACCAGCAGAAUACGACAAGAUCUCAGUGACGGCUCGCGCACUCGUUCUGGGUCCAACGCACGAACUCACACGGCAAAGUACCUCGGUCGCAAAACAUCUCAGUCGUUCAGCCAAACUUCGCGUCAUUGGCACAAGUUGGAAUGGCCCUAUGUACGGAUACGCCGACGUGUUGCUCGCAACAGGGCGUGGCGCAACAUCUCUCCUUGGCCUGCCGUACGAGGCUAGAGAUCGGCCUGGCCGCCCUAGGCCCACAAAAGAGACCAACGACACCAAACCGAAAACGUUUAGGGAGUAUCUCAAUCUCGGCGACACAGAAUGGCUCGUUAUCGACGAGGCAGACGUCCUCCUCGGUCCGGACUUUAUCAACGAGACUUCUCGUGUCGUCAAGCGUGUCCUGGCCGCAUCUCCAAAUGUCAAUGUGCUUCUCGUGACGGCCACGCUCCCUCCGUCGCUUGUCCGCGUGCUCGAGGGCGACCUCUUCGGCGGCGAGUUUACCCAUCUCCUCUCCCCCGGUCUCCACCGUCUCCCCAAACAACUCGAUACCCGCUUUGUCCCAUGGUCCGGCGGCGGUAACCGCGUCUCGGAUAUUGUGCAUGAGGUCAAACGUGGCUUUGCAGAGGACGCACUCGAUGCCAAGCUCUCAGGCAACGAGGGCAAGCCGCGCGCAGUCGUGUUCUGCAGCUCGGUCGGACAGGUCAAGGCCAUCACCACUGCACUGGAGGAAAAGGCCGUCGCUGCACUUGCGUGGACUGGCGACUCGCCUGAGCGUGUACGCGGACGCGAUGGACCACUGGAAGCGUUCCUCGCCCGUGGCCAGGCAACAGACCCAAAGGGCCCACGCGUGCUCGUAACCACUUCGCUCCUCUCUCGUGGCCUAGACUUUUCCGCCGACGUAACCACCAUCUACCUCGUCGAUCCGCCGCGCGACGUCCUCGACUUUGUGCACCGCGCCGGACGGGCGGGACGAGCUGGACGCCAUGGUCGGGUCGUCGUGUUCGGCGUCAAUGGUGCCAACGAGCUCAAGUACGGCAAGGAGAUCAAGAGCGUACUUGGCAAGGUCGAGCGGCGCCAGGCUGUCAAGCCAGGCGGCCGCACGUGGUCCGGCAAGGAUAAGGAGCGCAGUCGCAAGUAG